CUAACCCGGAAGUGGUUAUUACUCUGCAUAGUGUGCUAAUGUAUAUGAGUAUAAAUUACCGUCUGAAUGGGAAAUUAAGCGUUUCUUGAGUCCGGGUUCAGCUCCGCCGUAAUCAUUUCAUUUAUGACGUACUUCUAUUUCAAGGUAACUUUAUUUACAUGAUACAUACUGUACAUAGACUGUCUCCCUAUGUCUCAAGGUCCUACUUCAUGUCCUUUACAAUACACACAAUAGCUGCUUUGUGUUUUUCUCUUAUUUCUCUUCAUAUUAUAUAAUAUCAUACGGUUUCAUAGUUAUAUGUAGUCUAGAUAUUGGCAACAACAAUAACAACAAUAAGCCCAUCGCAAAGAUCCAUGUAGAGUUUAACAGUAACUUUGUAUUUAUUUGUAUGUAUACUUACAUGUGUCAUUUGACAGGCGAGUACACGUUAUACCGGAGGGUUAUAAGUUAUAUACUUAUAACCCUCCGGUUUGGAUCAUUCUUUCUCUGUUAGCAGAACUCUGAGUGUGUGGAGACAUGGUGGGCUAUGACCCCGGCUCUCAGUCUGCAGUUCACUCUCCAGAAGCAGCAGCUCUGGCUGGGUCAACUGCUGGACUGGUAACCCGAGCCCUAAUCAGCCCAUUUGACGUCCUGAAAAUCAGAUUUCAGCUGCAGAUUGAGCAAGUGUCGUCACAAAGGCCGGAGGGGAAGUACUGGGGAUUAUUUCAAGCAUCUCGCUGCAUUUACUCUGAGGAGGGGCUGUCUGCUUUCUGGAAGGGCCACAUCCCGGCUCAAAUGCUCUCCAUAUGCUUCGGCGCUGUCCAGUUUGCCAGUUUUGAGUUUCUGACUGAGACGGUCCACAAGUCGACGCCGUAUGACAGCCGAACAGCAGGAGUUCAUUUUGUAUGUGGCGGCUUGGCGGCGUGCUCUGCCACUGUGGUCUGCCAGCCUCUGGACACACUGCGGACUCGCUUCGCAGCACAGGGAGAACCCAAGGUGUACAGGAACCUGCGACAUGCUGUGUCUACAAUGUGCCGCUCAGGGGGAGCACUGACUUUCUACCACGGUCUGUUGCCAACACUCAUGGCCGUGUUUCCUUAUGCUGGGCUGCAGUUCUUCUUCUACAAUGUCUUUAAGGAGCUGUUGGCUCCACCCCCCAAUUCUGGAAAGUCUGGAGGGAACAUGAGAAGCCUGGUCUGUGGCAGUGGAGCUGGAAUAAUCAGCAAAACACUCACUUAUCCCUUUGACCUCUUCAAGAAGAGGCUGCAGGUGAGAGGCUUUGAAGCAGCCAGAGUUCACUUUGGACAGGUGAGGAAUUACCGAGGCUUGGUGGAUUGCAUGGUUCAAAUAGCCCAGGAGGAGGGCGUCCGAGGCUUCUUUAAAGGCCUCUCGCCCAGCCUUGUGAAGGCUGCACUGUCCACGGGCUUCACCUUCUUUUGGUAUGAGUUUUUCCUCAAUGCCAUACAGAACCUCAGUGAGAGACAGAAAACAAACAAUAUCAUUCAAAACCCAGAGGAAAGAUAAUGGGAGAGAAAACACUUUGCAUUGUUCUUUGCGCUAAAAAACUGGGUAGCCGUUUGGUGGUGGGUUUAUUGUGUUUACGUACAGUAUAAAAAUGAGUCAACACAACCUCAUCAUACUUGUUCUUGUCACUACACGUUGUGUUGUUUUUUUUAAAAAACAAAAAUGUAUUUAAUAUUUUAUCUUGGGUUUUAGGGAUGAUGGUUUUUAACUAACUUUUCUUGACAGUCACUCAUUAAAUGAAGAGUUUUCUAUUUAUGACAAGCCAAAUGCACUGUUAAUGAAGAUAUUUAACCUUUUAAAAAUGUGUUUGUGCCCAAAUGUCAGUCCAACACAAAACUUUCAGGUCAUUGUGGUUUUUUUAAAUAAAUACAUAAAAGUU